CGGCUCUAGGUUUGGACUACAGAAAAGCGACUGUGUGUCGAAGCCAAUCCAGACCCGCUGUGGUGGAGGCCAGCUGGUUAUCCGCCUCAUUCCACCAGUCAGAACUACGACUGCCUGAGGUCUGAGCCAGGUGUGAGGCGAGCCCGCGAGGUAGUGUGUCCCACCGCUGGUUGCACCUGAAGGAUUUCCCCACCCUCACGGUGCCCGGCUCCCUCUUCGGUGACACCGGUCUCCCUCUCCAAUGCGAAUUCCGUUCGCGGGACCCACACACUCGCCGGGUCCGAGGUUGAGUACCCACCUCGUAGGCUUUGGAAAAAAAUAAAAUUCCAAGACGCUGUUUAGGUUGAAUUAAGCCAAAAUCCAGGCUAAAGACGCUGAACCGAAAAUGCCAUCCAUCUGACGGCAGUUGGGUCCGACACCGCUCCACGUCCAGUCCCGGUGGCGGCGUCUCCAAGGGCUGGGGCCUGAGAAGUCUGGCACUUUGCUCCGCAUUCCGUGCCGCAGGUCUAAUAAGCGUGCAGUCUCCAGAACCAGUCUUCCAAUGAACAGAAUUGGAAACGUGGAAGAGUCGCGGACUUCGGUGGGACAGUGUCAGAAAAGAGCAAGGUCCGUGCGGCUCCCGGGCUCCCAGGUGCACGCUCGGACGGAGAGCCCGAACCCUGAGGUACACCGGCCCCUGCGCCUCCGACGGCAGAAAGAAGCCCUCCUUCCCCAGGUGAAGAGGAGACAAGGAAGUCCGUAAGGGGCCUUCCGCGGCGGGAGCUGUCGGGAGCUCGGCGUGGCUCCGGAGACAAAGGUACUGGGCUUGGCGUCUGGAGAGGCGAGAUGGCGGCGGAGGUGUUGCCGAGUGCCAGGUGGCUGUACUGUGGAGAGCCCGACGAGAGCCAGAGAGCUCUACUGGUCCAGUUCUCCAACGGGAAGCUACAGAAUCCAGGCAACAUGCGCUUUACCUUGUACAAGAGCAAUGACUCCACAAACCCCAGAAAGAGGAGUCAGCGGAUCCUGGCAGCUGAAACAGACAGACUUUCCUAUGUGGGAAACAAUUUUGGGACUGGAGCCCUGAAAUGCAACACUCUCUGCAGGCACUUUGUGGGAAUUUUGAACAAGACCUCUGGCCAAAUGGAAGUAUAUGAUGCUGAAUUGUUCAAUAUGCAGCCGCUGUUUUCCGAUGAAUCAGUUCAGAGUGAAUCGACACUAGAGAGUCACACCAAAUCUUUUAGAGAAAAGAUGGAUUCUUGCAUUGAAGCCUUUGGUACCACCAAACAGAAGCGGGCUCUGAACUCCAGGAGAAUGAACAAAGUUGGCAGUGAAUCUUUGAAUAGUGCAGUGGCUAAAGCUGCAGAGAGUAUAAUUGAUACAAAGGGUGUGACUGCCCUGGUCAGUGACGCCAUCCACGAUGACUUGCAGGAUGACUCCCUCUACCUCCCUCCCUGCCACGCUGAUGCAGCCAAGCCUGAAGACGUGUAUAAAUUUGAAGACCUUCUUUCCCCUGUGGAGUAUGACGCUCUUCAGAGCCCAUCUGAAGCUUUCAGGAAUGUCACCUCAGAAGAAAUACUGAAGAUGAUUGAAGAGAACAGUCACUGCUCCUUUGUCAUAGAAGCGUUGAAGUCUUUGCCAUCAAGUGAGGAGAGCCGAGACCGCCAGGCCCGGUGCAUAUGGUUUCUGGACACUCUCAUCAGAUUUCGAGCACAGAAAGUGAUUAAGCGGAAAAGUGCCCUGGGACCUGGAAUUCCCCACAUCAUUAACACCAAACUGCUGAAGCAGUUUACCUGCUUGAUCUACAACAAUGGCAGUUUGCGGAACUUAAUUUCAGACUCUAUGAAGGCAAAGAUCACCGCCUAUGUGAUCAUACUGGCUUUGCACAUAAACAGCUUCCAGAUUGACCUGACAGUGUUACAGAGGGACUUGAAGCUCAGUGAGAAAAGGAUGAUGGAGAUAGCGAAAGCCAUGAGGCUGAAGAUCUCUAAAAGAAGGGUUUCUCUGGCAGUGGGCAGGGAGGAGGAUCACAAACUGGGUACCCUGUCCAUCCCACUGCCCCCAGCCCAGGCCUUGGACCGUCAGUCAAAGCGGAGGAAAAUCACCUAGAGGUGUGCUUUCCAGACAGAGCAUUUUGGCCACAUCAUAGCCACUCCUUGUAUUCAUUUGCAUUUUUAUUUGUAAAGAAAGAGGGAUAAAGAAGCCGUGCUUUGGCACGGGUAUGAAGCCAGAAGCCAGCAAGCAUCUCAGUUGUGCUGGUCUCAAGCAGAAAUAUAAAAUGUUGGCCCUAUUGGA